ACUCUUCUCUCUCUCUCUCUCUGUCUCUGCAGCGGCGGCAUCGGCAUCUGCUGCUCUUGCUCUCGGUCCGUUCUCCUCCUCCUCCUUCUUCGGCGGCGGCGGCGCGUCUUUCGCACUCAGGGCCGGAGAGAUGCCGAUGCUGGUUGUGGCGACCAACGUCUCGAGGGCGGCGGUUCCCGAGGGUCUCCUGGCGGAGAUCACCCAGGCCCUGGCCAAGGCCACCGGGAAGCCCUCCCAGUACAUCGCGGUGCACAUCCUCCCUGAGCAGCUGAUGUCCUUCGGGGGAUCCCCGGAGCCCUGCGCCCUUUGCAGCCUCCACAGCAUUGGGAAGAUCGGGGCCCAGCAGAACAAGGCCUACUCCAAGCUCCUCUGCGAAAUCCUCAACAAGGAGCUACACGUCCCAUCAGACAGGGUCUACAUCAAUUACUGCGACAUGAACGCCGCCAACGUCGGGUGGAAUGGGUCCACCUUCGCUUAGCCGGACCCCCCAAAGCAGACGGGGCCUGCCCCCCCCCCCAGAACCUGCGCAUGCGUACCCCCUCCCCCCCCCCCCCAAAUCAUGGACCCC